UUCAAACGCGAAGACUGCCAUAAACAAGGAAAUUGAAAUAAAAACACGGUAUAACUAUAUAAGUUAAAACGAAUGGGACGGUCAUUCUACGAGCGUAGAAUUCUCGAAAAGCAUGAAAGCUAUAAUCCUAGUGCUGCUUUGCUGCUUGAUCUGCGCAAGCGCCAACUGCGGCUGCCUCAAAUGCUCGAAACACUUAACUUCUGUUGACGUGCCCGGACCUUGCGGAUGUUGUCCCCUGAAGUUCAUAUUCCCGACCCCUUCGCGUCAAAUAUGCGGAUCGUCGUACGAAUACGAAGUGCAGACUCCGGUAGUGCCAAGUCCGCCUCCACCGCCUCCCGGACAGGUUUACAAAUACAAGGUUUGCCAACCUUUCGAGGCUCCAUGUCCGUGCAAAGUCGAGCAGAUCUGCCACAAAUAUCCCUUGGAAAUUCAAACUCCGGUCCCCCCGCCACCGAAACCAGUACCAGUACCCGUACAUCUCAAGUACUGCGCGGAUAGGGUAGUGCUGCCAACCCGCACUUGCAAAAACGUCAAGCCAUGCAACAGCUGUGAUUGGAAACCUCAACCGGUACUGACUCCAGAAGUCUUCGAAUGGGUAAAAGCCGUAGAACAAUCCGGCAACUACGGCGUUCCCCCGGUUGCCAAACACGGAUGUCUCUUGGAGCCCCUCUAUGACCACAGGUGUUACGCAUGAGGACGCAGAUCAGAUAACAUGGAAAAAAUAGAGAUAGGCUAAUAUUUUUAAUUAAUUUUCUUCUUUAUCCGGCGAAGAGAGUGCUUUCGCGUUCUUAAAUUAUCAAAAAUUUGAUACAAACAGUAUUUCACGGAUAACGUAAAGUUAUUAAACGCGAGGGCAAUCUCAAAACGAAUAUAAUGCGCUUUUGUAAUCUGUGCCUAUGUGAACUGGACUAUCUCUAAAAUGUUUGUAACACCAUGACAAAUAAACU